AUGGCCAAACUGUAUGACGAAGACAUCGAGGACGCGAUGAUCGAUGUGCUGGAGCAGCCGAAGGUGGUCGCGCUUGGAGAGAUAGGUCUGGACUACUCUUCCAACAACCAUUGCGACCACAAACUCCAGCAGCUCGUCUUCCGCCGCCAGCUACAGUUGGAGAUGCCGGCGGACUGGCCUAUCCACAGGCAUUGCUUCACCGGCGGAUGGACAGAGGCCCAGCAGUGGAUGGACACCUUUCCAAACUUGUUCUUGGGCCUCACUCCCCUGGUGGGUUUCCACAGCGCUGCACCGCUUGCUGAGGUUGGCCGCCGGAUCCCCCUGGACCGCCUGCUGUUGGAGACGGAUGCACCCUACUUUCUCCCGAAUAGCGAGUCCAACCGUCUCAAGCAGUCCCAUCCAGGGAUGGCCAUCCACGUGGCCACGCAGCUGUCGGCGAUGCGCGGCAUCCCGCUGGAGGAAGUCCUGGUUGCUGUCCGCCAGAACACGAGGAGAAUGUACCGCAUUUAA